AUGUCCGCUACCGCUCCUACAAAUGCCGCCGCUGGCACCGCACCCUCCACCACCGACGACUCUGCCUCAACCAUCACUGUCAACACAAAGACGCCCAACUUCCCUCCCCCAAAGACGGACAAGCCUCGUCCUCACGUUUGCAGCACCUGCUCCCGUUCGUUCGCCCGAUUGGAACAUCUCAAGCGACACGAACGCUCUCACACAAAGGAGAAGCCUUUUGAGUGCCCCGAGUGUUCAAGAUGCUUUGCUCGCCGUGACCUGUUGCUGCGUCACCAGCAGAAGCUGCACCAGACUUCGACACCGGCUUCCCGUCCUCGUAAUCGUCGUGAGUCCACAACCGGCGUUGCUCCUGGCCAGAGCCGUGCUCGCAAAAACAGCGUCGCUGGCAAUGUAGCAGCAGUUGCCGCUGGCGCAGCAGCUCCAGCUUCAAAUGCCGCAUCCAACACAAUGCGGCCCCGAGCCAACACCAUUAGUCAUAUUGAUGUUUCGGCUUUACAGAUGAACUCUGCUAAUGCUGCUGUGGCUCGCGGUGCGCCUCACGGCCACACUCACAGUAGACAUCCCAGUCUUGCCGGUUUGCCGAUUCACAAUAUGGAUCAUUUCUAUGGUGGCAUGUCCGCUGCUAUGGGCCAGCGUUCGAUGCAACCUGGCCUCCCUAAGCUUGAUGCUGGAGCUUUCAAUAGCCUGGAUUUUGUUAACCCUCUCAGGACGGCGCCUUCAUUGUCCGCCUACAGCACCGAGUUCGAAUUUGACAACAUGCUCUUCGGUGGAACGACAGUCAACCCCAACAACCUCCAUUACAAUGAUUCACCGCAGGCGAUGAAUUUGGAACAGGCUUCGCCUUUCGGAAACGGGAUCGAUGGGAUGCACACAGGUCAAAACUUUGACGAUAGCAUUGACUGGUUGACUGGUUUUGAGCACCAGAUGUCAUUCGCGAACGAGAAUGUGAUUGAUGGAUCUAGUCCGUCCGCAAUCAGCACGACUAGUCAGAGUGGGAUUAGCGAUGUUAUGUUGGAUGGGUCGAAUCAUCCCGCACCGGCUGGGACAAGUGCUAUGUGGCAACAACCUGUGAUGCCGCCUCCACAGAUGCCUACGAACCCCUUUGCGAUGGAUCUUAAUGGUUCAGUCUUUCCGGAUCUCCUCAACGGAGCACCGUUAUCACCUCAGCCAGCUACUCAAAAGAUCAAUGACCCUUACUUCUCUACGCCUCCACCCUCGCUGAGCUCGUUGAGUCCCUCUGUCGUGACGGGGCUCAACACCCAGAACAUUAACCAGACCCUUGGCUUUAACGCCGGCCCGGAGACGCCAUCCUCCCUAAAUGGCGGCAACCACGGUGCUUCGCCCGUGACCACCAUUACAGAUGCCACCCGGCAUGCCAUCGUGAACAUCCUGUCCCAGUGCCUGCCCUUUGGGGGUCGUAAAUAUUCCUUUACUUCUCAAGGCUCACCUCAAUCUCCUCUCUCCCAGACUGCCGGCAAUGCCGCCUCUCCUCAAGCAGCCAAUUUGCCCAGUACUCAGGACCUCCAGCGAUAUGUCGGUGCCUAUCUAGCUUAUUUCCACCCUCAUCUGCCUUUCCUGCAUCUUCCAACAUUGUCCUUCGAUAUGCCUCUUUCCAAUAGUCGUCCAGGUGUAGGUGGUAGUGGUUGCCUUAUCUUGUCCAUGGCCGCCAUCGGUGCGCUCUACGAGAUGGAAGUCACCAUAUCUCGAGAGCUGUUCGAAAUGGCCAAGAAAAUGAUUUUCUUCUAUCUUGAAGAACGUCGAAAAGCAGAUGUUCGAAAAGCAGACAUUCGUCGAAGUACCCCAACUGAUCAUAGCAACGACGGUGGAGUCCAUACUCCAGUAUGGCUUGUUCAGGCGAUGCUUCUGAACGUCGUCUAUGGUCAUAACUGCGGCGACAAGACUGCCAGUGAUAUUGCUUCAACCCACUGCGCUGCUCUGGUCAGUCUAGCUCAAGCAGCUGAUCUCCUUCGGCCCGGUCGUUCCAACGCCUCUGACAGUCAAGAUAUUCAGAUGGCUGAAGAUGGGAGCUGGAAUCCCAACAAGGAACCCGACCAAACGGAGUGGUUGCGAUGGAAGUCAGGAGAAGAGCGGAAACGAACCCUAUACGCAGUCUUUAUACUCUCCAGCCUUCUGGUUUCUGCGUACAACCAUACACCUGCGUUAACUAACUCGGAAAUCUUCCUGGAUCUUCCGUGCGACGAGGAGUUUUUCUCGGCCGAAUCGAGCGCUGUAUUCCACGCCAGAGGUGGAGCAGAUGCCGCGGACCACAAUAGAAUGACUUUCCACGAGGCUUUGGGCGACCUUCUUCACGCCAACGAUAAGACACAUCAAUUCUCCGCGAACGGCCAAUUCGAUCCCUCGACAGAUGGUAGAGAUCUGAUGGCAUCGCCACUUCGCACUAGUACGUUUGGCUCACUGGUCCUCAUCAACGCACUUCACAACUAUAUCUGGGAGACACGACAGAGACACCACAACAAAGUUUGGACAAACGAAGAGACGGAGAAAAUGCAUAGACAUAUCGAGCCUGCUCUCAAGGCAUGGCAGGCAGCUUGGGCAAGCAACCCUCAUCACAGUGUUGAGCGCCCAAAUCCCUUUGGUCAAGGCCCCCUGUCAGCCGAUGCAAUUCCUCUGCUCGAUUUGGCGUACAUUCGGCUCUUUGUGAACCUUGGACGCUCAAAGGAGAAGUUCUGGCAGCGAGAUUGGGACGGUAUGGCCGAGGAACUUUCUCGUGGCAAUGAGAUCAUUCAGCAUGCAGAGCAAUCACCAAUCUCAAACUCUGAAUCUGGCAGCACCGAGCCUUCAGACAACUCCAACAGCUCCGGAUUCGCAGAAUCACCUGCAACUCAGACGUCAUCAAUGGACUUUUCAAACACCAAGUAUCCUCUUCAGCCAGGAUCCUCCAACGUUUCGGGCAACGCCACUUCUCGUCGGGAGAAGCAUUUGCGAAAGGCUGCCUUCUAUGCUGCGGAUUCGCUCGCCAUGUCAGAUAAACUCGGUGUCACCUUUGCCGACUUUACAAGCAGGGAGCUUCCACUCCAAUCCGCCCUCUGCGCCUUCGAUUGUGCUCAGGUUCUUGCGGAAUGGAUCGCUACGCUACAGGACCGGGUUGGCUGCUACCUGGGUAUUCUCGGUAAGGAUACAGUCGACCUUACUGAAGUUCACGCGAUCAUGCUCUUGGAGGAGGAAGAUGUUAAGCUGCUUGGUAAGGUCCAGGAGGUUUUGUCCUCGGCAGAGAUCAAGAUGAAUAUGCUGGGUGGACAAGAAGUCACCGCGGACAUGGAUGGUCACAAUGGCUACGCUGCGAAGCUGCUUCGAAUUACUGCUCUGAUGCUAGACAAGGCAGCAGUUUGGCCCGUGACACGUCUCAAGGCUCGCUGCCUGGAAGCUCACGCAAACUUCAUGCGAACUCGUGCUGAAAGGUCCAUCAUUCCUCAACACGAGUCACGAGUGUAA